GGCUGCAGCUCGUCUGAUGCUCGCCAGCAGCUGUUGUGAAUGUCUGUGAGCCUAUGAGUGCGCAUGUCUGGACUUUCCCAUUCGUCUGAUCACACAACUUUGACCGGAGAUCACAGUCAAAAUGACUCUCCAGUGGACGGCUGUGGCGCUCUUCCUCUAUGCAGAGAUAGCAGCCAACCUCAUCUUGUGUAUACCCUUUAUAUCAGCAAAGAGAUGGCGCUCUGUUUUCAGCUUGAGGAUAUGGAACUGGUUAUCUCCAUACUGGAACAAAUGCUUCUUCACAAUGAUCAUGGUUCUUAUUGUUCUUUUUCUUGAUGCAGUGCGUGAGGUGCAGAAGUACUCUGGGCCUGAGCCCAUGCAGGAUGCCAAGGUGAACCCAAGUGUGUACGACCAUGUCCACAUGAAGCUGUUCAGAGCACAGAGGAACCUCUACAUAUCUGGCUUCUCCCUCUUUCUCUGGCUUAUCAUGCGUCGCGUUGUCACCUUGCUCAACCAGGUUGCUGUCACCUUGGAGGACACUGCAGGUCUUCAGGCACAGAUGGACAGUGCUGUCAAAACAGCCAGGCAGCACCAGGAGGACAACCUGACACUCAGAAAAGCUCUCCUGGAUGAGGAAGGAUCCAUGUCAGCAAAAAACCAACAACUAAAGCUGGAGGCUGAAAGGCUGGCAGAUCAAGUGAAGGUUUCUGAAGAAGCCAUGCGUAAGUCCAACGCUGAAGUGGAGGCUAUGAAGAGGCAGGCCAAAGGUCUGGCACAGGAGUAUGACAGACUGUUGAGGGAACACCAUCAGCUUCAGAAUCCACAGAGUGCAACAGACAAAAAGGAUCAGUGACUCUGGAAACACUCAUUGGUUCAAUUCUUUUCAUGGAUACCUUUUCUUCUCAUUAUACUAGAACUGUGUGCAGCAGGCCAGGCCAGGCUAGAGGCCAUGUUCUUUGAUAAUCUUUUAAAACUCAUGUUUUACUUUUUACUGAUUUUCAAAUGGGAUGGCCAGCAGCAUGACAAUGUUCUCAAGUUUUCACUGCAGUCUUCAUCAUGAGCAGAAAAAAGAGCCAGGACAUCUCUUUCAAUUUAUCAAAGUAUGCAGAUUCAUUUAAAUUAUGUCUUAGUGGCAAAGCUUAUGCUAACAUUUGUACAGAGACUGAGCACAUGUUUACUCUUGGAUUUGCAUGCAUGACAGUGCAUGAAGUGUCCUCUUUGAAACCAUGACUGUCACAUAAAUGCUGUAUCUUGAGUAACUGCAGAAGCUACCCACUUUUUAUAGACAGAUAUUGAAAUUCUUGCAUAUGUUACUGAUCUCUGGACUUUGUGAAGAACCCUGAGUACAUCCUGAAUACUUGCCCUUAUACAAACAGUUUUUGAAUUGACCCUUAGUUGACAUUAUGUGACCUUUUAACAGUUUUUGUGGCAUGAACAUAAUAAACAACAAAACUCCUUA